ACAGAGCCCGGAGCUGGGUGUCGCCCCCGUUUGGAAUCCACGUUUCAGCACUUUGGACAGCUCCCCGGACGCCCCGGCCCCUUUGGGUUGGCGAUGGCGAGCGUUCAGCAAGGCGAGAAGCAGCUUUUUGAGAAGUUCUGGCGAGGAACCUUCAAAGCGGUGGCCACCCCCCGUCCCGAGAGCAUCAUUGUCGCCAGUAUCACGGCCCGCAAGCCGCUGCCAAGGACAGAGCCCCAGAAUAGCCCCGUUGUCCCAGCUCAGGAUGGACCCUCAGAAAAGCUGGGUCAGCAUCUGGCCACCGAGCCCUUGGGCACCAACAGCUGGGAGAGAGACAAGACCUGUCGGGAACUGGGUGCCACCAGAGGACACAGUGCCUCUCAUGACAAAGACUUGACACCACCACCUUCCUCCAGGGGAAAGAAGAAAAAGAAGAAAUCCACUCGGAAGAAGAGAAGGAGGUCCUCAUCCUAUAGCCCAUCGCCUGUCAAGAAAAAGAAGAAGAAAAGUUCCAAGAAACACAAGCGACGCAGGUCAUUCUCCAAGAAGAGAAGGCACAGCUCCUCUAGCCCAAAAAGCAAAAGAAGAGAUGAGAAGAGGCACAAGAAACAAUCUCGAAGCCGGCCCCGAAAGUCUCACCGCCACCGCCAUCACCGCUGCCCCUCGCGGUCCCAGAGCUCGGAGUCCCGCCCCUCAAGCUGUGAGAGCAGGCACCGCGGCCGCUCCCCUGAGGAAGGGCAGAAGUCCCGCCGAAGGCACUCCCGCCGCUGCUCCAAGACCCUCUGCAAGGACAGCCCUGAGGCCCAGUCCAGUCGCCCGCCCAGUCAACCCCUCCAGAUGCUUGGCUACCUGUCAGCCAGGGGUGUAAUCACUGGGUCGGGGUCUGCUGCUGACCUCUUUACCAAAACAGCCAGCCCGCUCACCACCUCGCGAGGACGUUCCCAGGAGUACGACUCAGGAAAUGACACGUCCUCGCCACCCUCCACGCAAACCAGCUCAGCCAGGUCUCGGGGCCAGGAGAAGGGGAGCCCCAGUGGGGGCUUGAGCAAGAGCCGGGAGCUCAACAGUGGCAACACCUCUGAUUCAGGGAACUCCUUCACCACCUCCUCACCCCAGAACAAGGGGGCCAUGUUGGAGAAUCUCUCCCCCACCAGCAGGGGCAGAGAGUCAAGGGGAUUUCAGUCACCGUGUCUGGAAUGUGCCGAAGUGAAGAAGUCCAGUUUGGUCCCAUCCACAGCCCGGAGCUCACCCAUGAAAGGGUGCUCCCGCAGCUCCUCCUAUGCCAGCACCCGAUCCUCCAGUCACUCGUCCCGAUCCCCAAAUCCCAGGGCUUCCCCCAGGUACACCCAAAGCCGAUCCACCUCUUCUGAAAAAAGGUCCUACUCCCGCUCUCCCAGCUAUUCCUCCAAGUCUGGCAAGAGGAGCCCGCCCAGCAGAAGCUCUCGGUCCCGCCGCAGCCCUAGCUACUCCCGCUACAGCCCCAGCAGGGAGCGGGAUCCCAAAUACAGUGAGAAGGACUCGCAGCAGCGGGAGCGCGAGCGAGCGCGUCGGAGACGUCGGUCCUACUCGCCUAUGAGAAAGCGCCGGAGAGACUCCCCGAGCCACCUGGAGGCCCGGAGGAUAACCAGUGCCCGGAAACGCCCCAUCCCCUACUAUCGGCCCAGCCCCUCUUCAUCCGGCAGCCUCAGCAGCACCUCCUCCUGGUACAGCAGCAGCAGUAGCCGCUCGGUCAGCCGCAGCUACUCCCGGAGCCGGAGUCGGAGCCGGAGCCGGAGACGGAGCCGGACCCGCACGAGCAGCAGCUCUAGCUCCCGCAGCCCUAGCCCGGGCUCCCGCAGCCGGAGCCGGAGCAGGAGCCGGAGCCGGAGCCGGAGCAGGAGCCAGAGCCGGAGCUACAGCUCAGCAGACAGCUACUCCAGCACGAGGCGCUAAGUGCCCCUGAGCCAGCUGCCCGUGGGGGCCCCUUCGCGCUGCCAGCCUCCCCCAACCACCUGCCCUCCCCGCCUUCUUGGUGACAGAUAGUGAGGGCUCCUGUACCUUGUCCUUCCUGCUUGCCUAGGGGAAGAGGAGAAGAGGGUAAGGGGGCUUCACUCUCUAGAUCAGCCUGCUAGGAGCCUCUACCAGCAUCAUCCUGGGGCCCAGCUCAGGCCUGGGCAUAUGGAAAGAACCAUCAUCUUGUGGCAC